AGGAGACGGAAGGACAAGGGCGGGUAGGAUGCGGCGCUGCAGGGGAAGCGGAAGCCGUCGCCGCGCUGGUACAGAGAACGUGACCCUCGGUGCGCCUUUUCUGGUGCACGAGGUGGGAUUUCCGCGUUCCGCCUGUUUUUAAAUUCUUUCCACGGUGGAGGAGCUUUUAUCUGGAAUGCAGAUGGCUUAAAGUGCAAUCCUGUGCAUAUCUACUCAGAAAUAAGCUCUCUUGAGUUCAGUUGGACUUAUUCCCAGGCCCAUGUUAAUAGAAAAUGUCAGUGAAUAACAUCUUUGGGAAUAAGAAGAGAAACAGCUCCAUACUAUAUGAUGUUGAUCAGACAAAAAUUAUCUCUUCAUCUUCAUCUCUCCAGAGAUCUAUAAGCCAUAAUAAUACUGGAAAUGUUGGUGAUGGCUUCCCACCCAACAAGCGAUACAAAAGUGUUGUUUCACCCAAGUGUAAAGAAAUGGAAGAUCCAUUUGGGGAUAAUGAUGAUUUUACAGCAGAUGACUUGAAGGAGAUAGACAUUAUUGCUUCCCAGGCAUUGACACCAAAUGUUUCUUCAGAAAUAAAUUGGUUGAAAACGGAGCAAAAUACUAAGCUUUUUGUCUUGCCGAAUAGCACCAAUCAGCUCAAAACAUCUGACCAAUGGAAUAUUACUCUGACAACUGAGACAAAACCAUUAGACCAGUUUGGAAGUAGCGUAGAAGAAACAAAACUUAAAGGAAGAUUUAAAUUUGAAACGCUCCAAGCACAAUACGAGGAAGCCAUGAAAAAGUUGAAGGAAAUGCAGGAUGAAAUCCUUAUUAAAAAUGGAGAAAUAAAAAUUUUGCGGGAUUCGAUGCAGCAGAUGGAAUCUACUGUGGAGGACCAGCGGAAAUCAUACAUAGUACUGGAAAGGGAGAAAACUCAGUGUUUAAGUGAAAAAGAAAAGGAAUUCUCCAGAAAGUUACAGUCACUGCAAUCUGAGCUACAGUUCAGAGAUGCUGAAAUGAAUGAGCUGAGAACAAAGAUUUUGAAUUGUGAAAGGAUUAAGCCUGUGACACCUGCUUCAUAUACCAGUCCUAAGAAAAGUCCUUCUAGCCCUGUGAAAAUCGGAAGAUGCACUCAGAUUGAAAAAAAAAGUUAUCCCACAGAAGAGUCUUUCGGAUCUGAGAUAUUACCAAUACCGUCUUGCUCCAGAACUCAGUUCCGCGUCCAAGUUCCUCAGCAGAAUAAUGACAGCAAGGUAUCUGUCCUGGAAACUGAGCCUAUGAAACAAGAAACAAGUUUCAGCUGUCCUCAGAGACAAGGUUCCCUUUUACUAAGCGCACUGAUGAAGCAGCCAAUUGUUCCAGGAUCAUCAUUAGGAAUCUGCAACAUUCUUAGCAGUAACACCGAAGCUUGGUCUGGGCCUGCUAUGCAGUCUUCUUCUUUCAGUGUAGGACCUACCCAAAACUUCAGUAACACGGUUGCAAGCCCUCAAGAAGGUGAGACUUCAUUGAGGACUGCUCAAAAACUUGCCUUAACUGGACUGAAUUUGAUUGCUGUAGAUGAAGGCUCAUCAGAAGGACAACAAAACAGGGGAGAAGUACCCCACCCUCAGUGCUAUAAAAUUCCUGGAGCAGUACACCUCCUUCCCCUCCUGGAACUUCACAUUGGUGCAUAUAACCAAGCCCUCUCGUCAGUGAUGAAGAUGGGAAGCAUUUCUUCUGGACACCCAUCUGCUUGUUCCUCCACAACAUCCUCAAGUGCAGCUUCAAGCGUAGAUGAAGCUUUAUAUACUCUUGAAGAGUACGCGCUUGUGUCACUGGGCAUUCUUUACUAUUUGGUAUUUUAUAGUUGGGAAGUUAGUUGUAUGCUUUUGUCCCAUGUUACAAAAGCAGAUUGUAAUCCAGGAGCUAUAGAUGUUUUGGAGAAGAAUGAGACUGUUGCUUGCAGUAAACAGGAUACAGCUAAUCUUCAGGAAACCCUCCCAGAAUUAGAGGUUGCUAGUUCGGACAAAUCCCAGCAUCCUUUGUUUAAAAAGCUGCUGCAACUCUUAACCUUGUGUGUAACGACAGCAGGAUGCCAAAGAUGCCGUAUUGCAAAUCAGUGCCUCAAAGUUCUGGCGAAAUUAGCUGAAAAGUCAACAGUUGACUUACUAAUAAGCUUUCAGUGCUUGUUCAAUAGCCAGUCACAGGUCCUGCUUCGCUGCAUAUCUUCAGAAACCCCCUUGUUUGCUGUCCAUCUUACUGUUAGGAUGUUAAGUUUACUUGCUGAGCACCAGGAGCUGGCUGCUCAGUUUUGUUCACAUUCAGAAACCUGCCUUCUCUUGGCAUUAUAUAUGUACAUCACAUCACGCCCUGAUAAAUUAGCCUCUGAGAGGCUUUGGCUGCAGUUGGAACAAGAGACUGUUCGCUUUCUGACCAAGUGUGUGCAGUGUUGUAGACCAUCUGUUUUGCUUGUGGGAACGGACUGUCAGUGCAGUUCUGAGGUAGUGAAAGCCCUGAUAAUAAUGUUACAUAGGCAAUGGCUUAUGAUCAGAAAAAAGGAAGGAAUCGUGUUCGAUGUACAUGAAAAGCAAAUUGUGCAGUUUUUGCGGGAUGCUGUUUUGCUUUUGCAUGGUCUCUCUCAGAAAGAUAAACGUUUUCAUGAACAUUGCCUGGAAGUGCUCCAUCAAUAUGAUGGUGUCUUGCCUGGUGUUACAGCAGUCCUCAGAAAAGGACAGCAUUUAAAAGCUUGUGAAGAACUUGCACUGGAUGAACUGUAUCCUUUGGAGCCAGAAGUCAGUGACCAGGAAAUGGACUGUGUAUAAACUUCUUUCAAUAAUAUAUCCAUUUACUUUCCAGAAAAGGCUACUUUUGAAAUGUAAUUCAAUGCACUUUUUAAAAUUUACAAUUCAACGCAUAACAUGUUCAAAUAUCAAUUAUCAGAAACCAUCACAACACAAGCAAUAUAUUACUUUUGUAUUGAAAAAUUUUCUUCCCAAUGUAGGGUAAUAAAA